UCUUCCCUAAGAGGGGUUGGAGGUGUUUCCUUGGAAGGGGAUGCUAUAGAAGAUUAAAGGCAAAGACAAGCAGUGGCUCUGCCAGCCUGUAAUCCUGCCCCAAAGGGCCCAUCACAAUGAAGGGACGUCUGACAACAAGCGCCCUUUGGCUCAUCUGCCUGUUCUCCUGGGCUCAUUGCAGUGAGAGUGAGCCAGAAGGGAGGACUGGAACACCAACAAGGGCACCACAUCAGCAUCACACUGCCAGGGUUGAGAAUGCCUAUGAAAAAUACAACAAGAGGCCUCGAAACUCCGAGUGUGUACGCUGUUGUGAUCCUCCAGAGCACUUUCCAGCACAUCCUAUGUACCACCAACCUUUGCCUCAGAUCAACAUUACCAUCUUGAAAGGUGAGAAAGGGGACCGUGGAGAACGGGGUUCCUAUGGGAAGUUGGGCAAAGCUGGUUCUCCAGGGAUCAUGGGCCAGAUGGGCCCCAAAGGUCAAAAAGGCAGCGUGGGGUCUCCAGGAGAGCGGUACAAGACCACCUAUGCUGCCUUUUCGGUGGGCCGUAGGAAACCCCUGCACAGCAACGACUACUACCAGACACUGAUCUUUGACACUGAGUUUGUGAACCUCUACGGACACUUCAACAUGUUCAUGGGCAAGUUCUUCUGCUAUGUGCCUGGUGUGUAUUUCUUCAGCCUCAAUGUGCACACCUGGAAUCAGAAGGAAACCUACCUGCACAUAAUGCGCAAUGGGGCUGAAGUUGCCAUCUUGUAUGCACAGGCCAGUGAUCGAAGCAUCAUGCAGAGUCAGAGUCUCAUGUUAGAUCUGCAGGAUCAGGAUGAAGUCUGGAUACGGCUCUUCAAGGGUGAACGCGAUAAUGCUGUAUUCAGCGAUGAGUAUGAUACAUAUGUUACAUUCAGUGGAUACCUAAUUAAGCCCAGCUCGGAGCCCUGAAUCUGCAGGCAGAUGGACAAAAUACUUAUAAGAACUUCACCU